AUGAAGGCAAAGGUGCAGACCUUCAAUCAGAACCAGCUGGACACAGCAAGGGCAGAGCUCCAGGAAAUGGAAAAAACAAUGGAAAGGAAUCUGGGAAAGCUACAGGAGCAACUGGAGGAUGUCACUUCAAAGGUACAGGUUCUCCAGGAUGAGCUCAGCGUCCUCCGGACCUACAUUGAUGGGGAGUUUCCAGAACAAGAUGUCCAGAUAGUCCUUCUGCAGCGCAGCAUCCAGAACCUGAAGAAGCAGCACCAGGAGGAGGUAGACAAGACAGAAAAAAUGGGGAAGGCCGUCUUGGAGAAACUAGAAGAGAAGGCACAGGCAGAACAAGAGGCGCUAUUACAGAAAGUUGUGGAGGAGAAGUUGCUGCACCAGGAUGGCCUGAAGCAGAUGAUGAUAAACAACCACAUUCUGCAAUGUGGAGUACUGAGGCAAAGGGAGAUUGUUACGCACCUGGAGGAGGAGAUCGAUGAGCUGAAGAGGAACAUCCAGACACUCCGCCAGAGUGCAAGAAACCCAAGAGAGCUGAUCUUUGCUGAUGUUUUUCUCCGCAGACCGAAGUGCACACCAGACACGGAGGUGGUCCUCAGCAUCCCCACCAAGGAGACACCGCUUGUCUGACGCUCAGCCAGGCUCCGGGGGAUCCCAUGGCGUGGAUGAGGUUCAGCUGCAAAACCCCUCCUUUCCCAUCCACGCUUCUCCAUCCCAGCCCCCUGGGGACUGGCUGAUGUGGUUAUAGGCUGCAGUAAAGGUG